AUGAUUAAUGAUAGAAUAAAUGAAUGGAUACAUUCUACUGAAGCAGCACAAGUCAGAAAGAACUGGAGAAAUUAUGUUGAUGGUAAUGGAUUUACCUGGAAGAAAUGUUUGUUAGAAGAUGGUUUUAAUCUUGAGAAAUCAGCAGAAGAACAUGCAAUCUCUGAAAAUUGGAAUAUACAAAAUUCAAUAAGUUCUCCAUCACUUCCUUGUUCAACAAAUCAUCCAUAA